AUCGGAACCAUGUCUCCCAUGGUCGUAUGCUAUAACCGAGCAUGUGGUCAAAGUUUCGACCCACAAAACAAUACCGAAGAUUGUGUACACCACCCAGGAGUGCCAAUUUUCCACGAUGCCUACAAAGGAUGGAGCUGCUGCAACAAGAAAACUGUAGAUUUUACGGAAUUUCUCAACACGAAAGGGUGUACUCGCGGACUGCAUUCAAACGUAAAGCCGCCAGAACCGGAGAAACGCAAAGAGCACUCAUCGCUGGCGGAAGAAGCACCGCCGGCUGAGGUAAAGAUUCGAGAACCGAUUCGUCCAUCUAUGGAGCGUCCGGCAUUCGAAACACCACUAACUUCGUUGGAACCGUGGAUAGCACCGGCAUUCCAGAAACAGAUUGAUGAAAUGCCAGCUGUUACGACGAAGAAGAAGAAUCCCAUUGAUCCUGCUGCGAUCGAAGCGAACACGGUCUGUAAGCAUGGUGGCUGUAGCAGCACGUAUGGUGAUGCCAAAACGAACGACAAACCAUGCGUUUACCAUCCAGGAGUGCCGAUCUUCCACGAGGGCAUGAAAUUUUGGUCAUGUUGUCAACGGAAAACUUCUGACUUUACUGCCUUCAUGAAUCAGGCCGGUUGCGAAACGGGCAAGCAUUUGUGGGUCAGUGAGGAGGACGAAUCGAAAGCGAUCAAGUGCCGUUUGGAUUGGCAUCAAACGGCAACGACGGUCGUAGUGACGGUGUAUGCAAAAAACUAUCAUUACGCAAAGAGCUUCGUUCGAGUGAAUCCGAUUCGGUUAGCCAUCUGUUUGGUCUUUCCGCAGCAGGAUGGUAACCAGUACAACGUGGAUAUGGAACUACGAGGGGUUAUCGAUGUGACUCAGUGUAAGGUACAAAUGUUUGGUACGAAAGUAGAAGUUACGCUGGUUAAAGCUGAACCGGGAACGUGGGCCAAGCUUGAUUUCCCGCGAGAGAAAAAGAACGAACAGAAGGAAGAUACCAACAAAGCGAACAACAGCAGCAAUGCAGAUGACAAUGAUUCCGACGUGGAUCUGGACGAUCUGGAACCAACGCUGCGUACAGCAACAAUUACCGAAGUUACAGAGUAA